CAAGGUUGGUUGACCUAUGAUAAGAAGAUCGGGAUGGCGUCAAAAGACGUGACGACGAGGGACUACCAAAAGCUGUCACCUGAAGAGUUCCUGAAUCGGACCAAAGCCACCAGCUACAUGCAAGACGCGGUCAACUUGGUGCUCGAGUACCGCCCCGAGCAACCGCUAACGUUCCUUGCCAAAUACUUUCAAAUGAUGUGCGGCGACUUGGGGCCGAUUGAAGUGAGUGCGUUCUACAUCCAGUCGUGCGGAACGAUCUCGAAUUCAUCGUUCGAGGACACGCUGGUCUUGGCGUAUCAUGCGUUGAAGAAGCCUUCCACCACCAUGACCGACGCGACUCCAGUCGGGGUGGACGUGCAUGCGUUCCAACAGUUGCUGCACUUGCUCUGCCAGGACAUUCCUUGCGCUCCCCAGGCAAAGUUGGUCACAUACUUGGCUCCCAGCACCAUCUCCAGUGUGUCGUACGCCAGGUUCAGGCACGCCAUCGACGUGUGUCUCUUGUACGGUGAAGUCGUAUCUGAAGGCGAAGACCUGUUCCAGUCCGUCGAUGGCGCCAGCGCCGGCGAAGUCAAGUGUUCGGUCCUGGUCUCGGCUAUGGAAAUCGCCAGUGCCCACAAGACCCUCAACGCCCAGCUGGUCGCGCGCCUUCGCACCACCCUCGAACGAGAGACACUUCACGACGGCAACGCGACGAUUUCCCUCGACCAGUUCUUGGCCUCUCUCUCCCACGUCGUGCUCCCCUCUGCGGUUAGUUGAACAUUUCGUGAUCGUUGCUUGCCCUUCCAGUACAUUUAGUACAAGAUCAACACAUUAAAAUAUGACGUUCUUGGUGCUAAGAG